AUGGACCAGUUAAGGCGAAAUCAGACCACGGCGGAGCAAGCCACUGCCCUCGAGGAUGGCAAUAAUAAUUUCUUGACGAACAAGCCCUACAGCGCUCGAUUUCGUGAGCUUUUGAAGCAGAGAAGAAGACUGCCUGUUUCUGCCAACCGAUCCCGCUUCCUUGAGCUCUACCAGCGAUCUCGUGUCAUAAUCCUGACCAGCGAUACUGGCUCGGGGAAGACCACGCAAAGUACCCAGUUCAUUCUGUUCGAUGAAUUUGCGUCGGGCAAGAUGGUUGCCUGCACUCAACCUCGCCGCCUUGCAGCCACCAGCGUCGCCACGAGGGUUGCCGAGGAGCUGGAUGUAGAGCUGGGAGCCCAGGUGGGAUACAAUGUUCGAUUCGAUGUCAAAGGCAGCAAAGAGACCCGUCUGGGUUACAUGACCGACGGAAAGCUGCUCGCAGGUGCCAUGGCCGAUCCUCUAUUCUCCAAGUAUUGCUGCAUCAUCAUCGAUGAGGCGCAUGAGAGAACAAUUCCGACCGACAUCUUGCUGGCCCUACUCAAGCGUGCUAUCAGCGACCGAGACGAUCUCUCAGUAGUUAUUAUGUCCGCCACUUUGGACGCCCAAAGAUUCCAGAAAUCUUUUUGGCGGUGA